UUGUUCAGGAGAGGGAGGGCUUUGGGAGGAGGUGGGGUACAGAGCUAAAACAUAGUAGGGUUUAAUGAUCAGCUAAUCCCCCCCUCCUCUACUGAGAGGGCAGUAUAUAACACAGGGCAGCCUGCUGCUCUCACAUCAUUUAAACAGCAAGGAAGUCUGGCUUAUAGGCAGAGGGAGUGUUGAGUAGAGCACAAGAGCAGUGCAACACUGUGUUAGACAAGAAAGUCAUGAUGAAGCUGUUUUGCCUGUUGCUGCUGCUAGCUAGUUCCACUGCUGCCGUUCCUCUGGAGUACUCAGGUAGAGACGCGUACCCCACCCUACCCUCCCAGGCCCUUUCCACAGCACCAAGCCCAACCGAGGCAAAGUCUCGCUUUGCCAUGCUGGAUGACGUUCGUCUACUCGCAAACGGCCUCCUUCAGCUAGGCCAGAGUUUACGGGAGUUCGUCCACAAGACCAAGGGCCAAAUCAACGACAUCUUCCAAAAGUUGAACAUUUUCGACCGUUCUUUCUACCAGCUCUCGGUGGUCACGUCUGAGAUCAAGGAGGAAGAGGAGGAGCUGAAGAAGACCACGAAUUUCUUGAAGAGCAACAACGAGGAGAUCAGGAACCUGUCGCUGGAGAUCAACACCAAGAUCAACGGCAUCAUUCAGGAGCGUACGCAGCUGCAGAGCAAAGUGGGGAACCUCGAGGAGCGGCUCCAGGGACUGUCGCAGAGCAUUAUCCCUGCUGAUCAGCUCAGUGAGAUCACAACGCUCAAGGAAGUGAUUGAAUCUCAAGAGAAAACAAUCAACAAUCUGCUGAUAGCUGUGAAAGAGCAGCAUGAUCAGCUUGACAACCAGAAUUCCAAAAUUAUAAACCUGGAGGAAAAGCUAAGCUAUGACAGCUUUCAAGAUACAGUCGAUAAGCAGAUGGAUCCAGAGCCUGGAGCUCCUGAUAUGUUUGAAUAUCUGACAGGAAACUCAACUGACCUGGAUGUGAACGACCUCCCCACGGACUGCAGUGACUUGUUUAACAAAGGAGAGGCAAACAGUGGAAUCUAUGUUAUCAAGCCAAACCAAUCUGAGCCAUUCAACGUUUACUGCGAAAUGGGUUCAGAUGGGGGUUCAACUGUCAUCCAACGCAGGACCGACGAUUCGGUGGAUUUUGACCAGAUAUGGGACAAGUAUGAGAAAGGCUUUGGAGAUCUGGAAAAGGACUUCUGGUUGGGCUUAGAGAAGAUCCACAGCUUUACACAGCAGGCAGUUUACAUCCUGCGCAUUGAUUUGGAGGACUGGAAGGAGGGGAAGCUCUGGGCCGAGUACCGCUUCUCACUGGAGGGUCCCUCCAAGGGCUACACCCUUCAUGUCAGCCACUUCUCUGGUGACCUGCCUGAUGCCAUGGCCAACAGCACCGGCAUGAGAUUCUCCUCAAAAGACAGAAAUAAUGACGACCAUCGACACUCCAACUGCGCUCGCAGUUACGCAGGUGGCUGGUGGUUCAAAGCUUGCAGAGAGACCAACCUUAAUGGAAGGUAUUCGUGGUUGAGGGCAAAAGGACGCUCUAUGAGAAGGAAGGGCAUUCACUGGAAGCCUGGCACAGGGCCCUCAUAUUCCGUCAAGACGACCAAGAUCACCGUACGACCGGCCCCUACUGUUGAAAGCUUCAACUGAACCCCACAAGUCAUACCUUUUCUUACAACACUACUGGCAUUUUUCACAAACAUUCAUAAUAUCUAAUGCUCAGAUGAAAAUUUCUAUAGAAGUGGAAAGUGAAGUAACAGACAAAUUCUUAGUUUAUCAGCAACAUUGAGCCGAUUGCUUCCCAACAGUGUUUAGGCUGGUGCUGACCAUCAGACAACAGGUCAAAAUGUCAGGAGUCAGAAACGAGCUGAACUGUUGCAAUGAUGCAACCAGGCCACGCAGGUCAUUAAUCUAUUGGGUGUGAUCCAGCAAGGACAGUAGAAUUAUCAUUACGCAACAUCUGCAAUCAUUUGCAAAAUGGACAUAUUGAUCCACAUCCUGGCUGCAAAAUGCCACAGUACUGCAGUAGGAAAGAAAACGAUCAGGAGAGAUUACGAAACAAUAUCAAAAACUGAGAUUGCUUGGCUAUCUUUUUCAGAUGUAUUUGACAGCUUCUAUGUUGACAAAGCUAUUUAAAAUGUAUAUUAUCUUUGUGAUGUGAAACUGCAUGUUUCAAGGGGGCACAAAUACCAGCAGGUUAUUAUAUAAGGCAUGCCCAUUAUAUAAGUCCACAUUCAAGAGAAACACUGCAUCUGCAACAUCUCAAAACCUGUCCAUAGUGGUGAAUUUUUUCCAAUUAAGAUCUUGUCAUUUUUGUCCUGGUAUUUUACGCUGCUUCAUCCCUUGUUUCAUUGAAAACAAUCUACAAAGUGGGGGCAAUGUCAGCAGUAUAUAACAUUAGAGAUACAAAGCUUUGGCAGCACACUGAUGAGGUUUUUCUGCUUUGUUUGUUCUAUUUUUUUACUCUGUAAAGUAUUUAAACCAUAUUCAUGCUAUUCUAUGAUUUAUGUUGGUAUUGUUAGAAAAACAUAAUUUCUGUGUAUUUCCUAUGUUAUUGAGUCAUAUUGACUCUUGUCCAUUAUUACAACAUAACUAACUGUACUGUAAAUGUGCCUCAUACUAACACGUCACCCUGACAAGAAGUUAUGUGCUCUAACAAGUCAUAUUUAAAACAAAAUAAAAAUCUUGACUAAAUGA